AUGUGUCUCGUGUGCACCGGACAGCUGACAGAACACAGGUAUGGAGUGUCGAGUGUUUCUCCUCCUGCUGCUCUCAGGACUCUGUCCUCAUGUUUUCCUCAACAAUAUCACUUUGUGAACAUGAGUAAGAACUGGACUGAAGCACAGAGUUACUGCAGAAAUAACUACACUGACCUGGUUACCAUUGACAACCCAGAGGAAAUGAACAGAUUGAUUAACAGUGUAAACCUCACUGGUUAUACUGGACCAGUCUGGAUAGGACUGGAGAAGGGAAACUCGUGGGAGUGGCAGUGGUCUCUGGAAGAGAGACGUCUCUACAGUGAUGGACAGACUGGGUUUUGGAACUGGGACACCAGCGUAGGAGCACCUCACACUGUGGAUGGGAAUACCAACUGUGUGGGGAUGAGAGACACUGGGAAAUGGAAUGAUAUUCCCUGUGCCUCUAAAACUCCCACAGGAUUCUUUGUUUGUUAUGAUGGGAGAGAACAAGCCAACCAGAGAUACAUCUUCGUUAAUCAAAAUAAUACGAACUGGAUGGAGGCACAGAGAUACUGCAGAGAGAAUCACACAGACCUGGUCAGUGUGAGGAACCAGACUGAGAAUGAUAUCAUACACAAGAUGUUUACAACUGGAACCUGGGUGUGGAUCGGUCUGUACAGAGACUACUGGCAGUGGUCAGACCAGAGAAACUCUUCAUUCCGCUACUGGGCACCAGGAAAACCUGAUAAUUAUGAUGGGAAUGAGAACUGUACUGUAGCCUCGUUCACACAGAUGCACAGUGGAACAUGGGAUGAUCGACAGUGUGGUGAAAAUCACCCGUUCCUGUGUUACGAUGAUCUCUUGAUUUUGGUGCAGCAGAAUAAGACCUGGAAUGAAGCACUGAACCACUGCAGGGAGAACAACAUGGACCUUGUGUCAGUCCAUAGUAAGGAGAUCCAGCUGAUUGUGGAGAAGAAGGCUGAAAAAGCAACUACUACCCAUGUGUGGUUGGGUCUGCGCUAUUCCUGUGCCCUGAACUUCUGGUUCUGGGUCAGUGCACAGACGGUGUGCUAUGACAACUGGGCCCCAGGUAAUGAGACUGGAAAUGAACACUGUGGGAUCACUGGGGCUGUACAAUCUGGAAGAGGACAUCAGUGGGUCAGUCUGCAUGAGGCAGAAAAACUCAAUUUCAUUUGUUCCAAAUGUCUAGGUCAGUGUAAUUCAGAAUCCGUAAUAUAAUCUGUUUAUGAACAUGGGGAAAACUACAUUUUCUAUUCUUUUUCUCAUAUUUCUAUAUUAGACGACUAGGACUUGACAGCAGCUAGAUCAUCAUAAUUCUUGGCUGUAAUGAUAAGAUAAGAUAAAAUAAGAAAAGAUACUUUAUUGUAAUUGUAGGCAACACAAUUAAAUUUUGUGUGGCAAUCCGCAGAAAA